AUGCUGCAGUUGGGAGACGAAGUCACCUUGUACUCUGUCGUCUUCGUUGUGGUUCUGCUCGGAACCAGGAGCCCAGUGUGGACGACGGUUCUCACCGCCUCCCUCUACCUCUUUUUGGCUGUGUUUCGGUUCCCCCAGCUGUCAGCCAACCGAGCGCGGCAGGUGCUGCACCCAGCCAGAAGCACGGUGGGUUCCGGCAAAGUGUCGGUAGUCGCUCACCGGGGCGGUGGGUACGACGCACCGGAGAACACGAUAGCAGCGAUCCGUGAGGCCAGUAAGAAUGGGGCAACGGGUGUGGAGCUUGACGUGGAGUUCUCAGCAGAUGGUGUCCCGAUCCUAAUGCACGAUGACACUGUGGACCGGACUACCAACGGGUCGGGCCCACUUGACCAGAUGACACAUUCUGACCUGACUAAACUAGACGCAGCAGCUAAGCAUCGGCUCUGGCAGAAAUUUCCUGGGGAGAAGAUUCCAACCCUGGAGGAAGCAGUGAAGGAAUGCAUCAAACUACAUCUUACUAUCUACUUUGAUGUUAAAGGUCAUCCAAAUGAGGCGACUGCAGCCCUCAAGGACUUGUAUAAGAAGUAUCCAGUCCUCUACAACAGCAGCAUCGUUUGCUCCUUUCAGCCCAGUGUCAUAUACAAGAUGAGACAGAGUGAUCCAGAAGUGGUCACUGCAUUAACCCACAGGCCAUGGAGCCUGAGUCGGCUUGGAGACGGCACCCCAUAUUUCUCAUCUUCAUGGAAACACUUCUGGUUCACACUGAAUGAUGUGUUGCUGGACUUUGCGCACCAUCAUGUGCUUUGGAAGCUGUGUGGAAACUCAGCCUUCCUGAUCCAAAAGAACUUUGUUUCACAGGACUAUGUGCAAUACUGGGCCCAGAGAGGGGUGGAAGUUGUAGCCUGGACAGUUAACACAAAAGUGGAGAAAGAGUACUACCACAAGCUACUCCAUGUCAAUUACAUCACUGACAGCCUGGUGGAGGACUGUGAGCCUCAUUACUGAGAAAAACUACAUCCCCGACAGCCUGGUGGAAGAACGGAAGGAACAACUUUACCUUUAAAUUACUACCUACAUUUGCUUAUUAUCUUGAAACUAAUACAAGUAAUCUUGUUACAUUUGGAAUGGAAAAAUACAAAUGGAAAUGUACAAAGAAAUAAGAUUUUAUGUACAGGGAUUUGCAUCACUCUCCUGUGUGGUGUGUUUAUUCUGAAAAACAGCUUCUAGUUUAGGUUAGGUCUAGUAUUUGAAAAAUGCCAGAGGUUUCACAAAAAUAUAUUAUUUGUUUCAGUCAUGCAGCUGCCAAAUGCACAUGCUCAUUACAUGACAACAGUUGCAGAGCUGUGGGCCACAAUUGUUUCUCUGUGAAUGAAGGUACUCUGCUUUAAUGACUGUAAAUGCCAUAUUUUUUUGGAAACUUUUAAAAAUAACACUUAAGCUUGACACUUGAUCACACUUUAAUGUCUUCUCAACUGUGGUGCAGGAAAAGAGACAUCAUAAAACCUCAGUCACCAAUACUUUUGGGCUUAUGUAGUAUGGUGUAUAUUUUAACCGUUUGUAAAUAUUUAUGUGAUAUGUGAAAUUUUGGUGUCUUGGUAGUGAAACUAUGUGUGGGACAGUUGAUUUUGAAUUGAAAUUUCAUAUUUCCUUUUUUUGAUAGAAAUCAUUUACUGUAGACGUCAGCGGUGCUAAAGGGACAGAAUCUGCAAGAACAGGUUAAUAGAAGUGGGCUGCUUAGAUUGUACAAAGCUUUAAGUAAUGUUGAGAAACACUUGUGUUUGGCAAGUUAUGUUUCUUUGAGAUAUAUACCUCUUGAUCUAAGUAUGAUAUGAUUGCAUAUGAUUUGCAGUUUUAAUUAAACAGCACAAUAAAGACUUAAAUCAUGAAAAACAGA